CUCUGCUUACGACCGGGACAACAAGAUCCGCGUGGCCAUCAAAAAGAUCAGCCCCUUCGAGCACCAGACCUACUGCCAGCGCACCCUGAGAGAAAUCAAAAUCCUGCUGCGCUUCAAGCACGAGAACAUCAUCGGAAUCAAUGACAUCAUCCGGGCGCCGACCAUCGAUCAGAUGAAGGACGUAUAUAUUGUCCAGGAUCUCAUGGAGACGGACCUCUACAAGCUCCUGAAGACUCAACACCUGAGCAACGACCACAUCUGCUACUUUCUCUAUCAGAUCCUACGAGGGCUCAAGUACAUCCACUCUGCCAACGUCCUGCACCGGGACCUGAAACCCUCAAACCUUCUUCUCAACACCACCUGUGAUCUCAAGAUCUGUGACUUUGGUUUGGCUCGCGUGGCUGAUCCUGAUCACGACCACACUGGGUUUCUAACAGAGUAUGUCGCCACACGUUGGUACAGAGCUCCAGAAAUCAUGCUUAACUCCAAGGGCUAUACAAAGUCCAUAGACAUCUGGUCGGUGGGGUGCAUCCUGGCUGAGAUGCUGUCAAAUAGACCAAUCUUCCCUGGAAAGCACUACCUGGAUCAACUCAACCACAUUUUGGGGGUCCUUGGCUCUCCCAGUCAGGAGGACCUCAACUGCAUCAUCAACAUCAAGGCCAGGAACUAUCUGCUGUCGUUGCCCGUGCGCUGCAAAGUGCCAUGGAAUCGCCUCUUCCCCAACGCCGAUGGAAAAGCUCUGGACCUUCUGGACAGGAUGCUGACGUUUAACCCUCACAAGAGGAUCGAGGUGGAGGAGGCCCUCUCUCACCCCUACCUGGAACAAUAUUAUGACCCGUCAGAUGAGCCUGUUGCUGAGGCGCCGUUCAAAUUCGACAUGGAGCUGGAUGAUUUGCCCAAAGAGACUCUGAAGGAGCUCAUCUUUGAAGAAACUGCUCGUUUCCAGCCUGGCUUCAGGUCUUAAUGGCUCUCACAAGUGAUUCUGCGGACAGGCUUCUGCGUCGCCACUGCUCCUCCCCGCCUCCACUCUGUUGCUGUGAUUUUUGUUUUUGGGUGUUUUUCUUUUGUUUUGUUUUUUUGUGGGGGGUUGCUUUGUUUUUUAAUUCUUCUCUUUCACACCGCCUGGAUUCCUCCGGUCUCUCUUUUUCUCUCGGCAAGUCCACUUUGCUCAGGAAUGGCGUCAGGAAUCAAUCAGUCAUCCUCUGUCUCCCCUUUGUUUCUCUCUCGGCAGAGAGGUGAGGUAAAGGGAGGGAGGGUUGGGAGUCACAUCACAGCUUAUAGUUUGGGGGUUGAUUUUGUGUUUGAAGCCAAAAUAAACAAUGUUUUUUUUGUGUUUAUAUGUGUAUCUAAAAAGGCAUUUGGCUCUUAUGAUUUAAAACCUUUUUUUAAUGAUAACCUUGUUAAUCUUUGUUUUCAGUGCAGCUGCUUUGCACACAAAAAGUCCAUCAUUCAGACAAAAUAAUUUCUUACCUUUUUUUGUUUUUUAGUUGCACUGUUACAAAAUGAUGCAGUGAUCUGUCUUUUCUUUCUCUUUCAUUAAGAAAAUUUUGAAUUAAUUCACCUGAUUUAUGCAAUUAUGACAGAAUGAGCCAGAGGUUACUGGACUCAAGCCAUCACUUGCUGUCGAUGAGGAUGUAUAUUUUAUCAAACUUGUAUUUUAAUCUCAAACAUACUCAC